AUGUCGAACGGAGAAAACAGUGUGGAUGGCAGUGUGUCAUCACCCAACGAGGAAUUAAACAUUUCCGAGAUGGAAUCGGACAACGUCAGUGAAAACGGGGAGGGAGGAGGUCAUUCCGAAAAAAUGGACGCCGCCGACAGAGAACUUUACGAGAAGUUAAAAAGACAAGAAAGGGAGGAAAGAGAGGAGAUAGAAAGAGAAUUAAAAAGAGCCCAUGAGGAGGCUAUUGUGAGGAGACACGAGGAAUUAAGGGCCAAGGAACUUAGGAUGCACGCAGAAAGGAUUCAACAGUUGGAACAGGAAAGGGGUCAGGACCUGAGAAUGAACAAACAUCUCCCCCACUCUGAGGAGUUCCGUGGCCACAGGGAGGGACUCGCUCUGUCCGAGUCCCCACGUUUGGACAUUUUAUCUCACAGUGCUUUCCUGGCGGAACGUUACCACAGAAAUUCCCACUCCCCUCAAAGUCCGACCUCAAUCAGCCCCACGGGGGACGGACCCACUCAUCACUGGACAUUCGAGGAGCAAUUUAAACAGCUUUAUGAACUAAGUGAAGAUCCAAAGAGAAAAGAAUUUCUAGAUGACCUGUUUCAGUUCAUGCAAAAAAGGGGAACACCAGUGAACAGAAUUCCCAUCAUGGCAAAGCAAACACUAGAUUUGUAUGAGCUCUUCCGAUUGGUUGUCUCAAAAGGAGGCUUGGUGGAAGUCAUAAAUAAGAAACUGUGGCGGGAGAUUACAAAGGGGCUGAAUCUUCCGUCAUCAAUAACUAGUGCAGCUUUCACACUUCGAACUCAGUAUAUGAAAUACCUAUAUCCAUAUGAAUGUGAAAAGCUUAAAUUGAGCUCUCCACAAGAGCUUCAAGCAGCAAUUGAUGGAAAUAGACGUGAAGGUCGUAGGUCAAGUUAUGGCUAUGACCUUUCACCUGGACCAACCUUGAUCCCAACAGCUCAUCACCCUCACUUGAAUGGAAAUCUAUUGAAUGGCAAAUUUGGAGGCAGCACAUCAGCUGGAUUUUUUUCCAAUGCAGACCGUCGAUCACCUCUGACAAGCUUGCAGAAAUUAUGGCAAUUACAGGCUCAUCAACUAUGUGGUGAGGAAGAAAGUAUGCCUCCCACUUCAACCCACCAUCAUCGGAGUCUCACAGAACAUCAUCUUACAGAACGCGAUGCUAUCGCCAUGGAGGCGGCAUCACGGGUUAUGGAACAUGCCACUCGUAAAAUGGAAGAAGCAUCGAGGGCUGCCGCGCUGGUAGAGGAACCCCCCAGAAAGAGGCUGAUGACCUCGGAGGAAGAGCGAAUAAUUUCACACAACAGUAUGCCAAGCACACAUAUAAAGAUUACCAGCAGAAAUGAUGGUCGAACAGAAAUAGACAAUUCUCUCGUGGUAAGCAUGGAGAUUAAUGGCAUCAUGUAUCAGGGAGUCUUGUUUGCACAUCAACCUAGAAGGCUGUGA